AUGGUACCGUUCGGUCAGCAAUUUGGCAGCCAGAAACUCCCGGACGGUAGCAGGGUGCUCACGGCUACGGAUGUUGCUCUAUACGUUGCUGUACCGAACUCUGGCUGCCUUCUCGGCCUUCCGGCUGCUGUGUUUCUCGGUAACAGGAUUGGACGGAAGAAGACGCUGCUCAUUGCGGCAUUCGUAAACGCCGCCAGUGCUGCUGUUCACACUGCCGCGCCUAAUAUUGCAGCACUGGUGGUUGCCCGCUGGAUACAAACCGCCUCUAUCCUUAUGUUCAUCGUGAUGUCCAGCGCCCUCCUAGCGGAAAUUAGCCCUUCCGAAAUCCGAGGCAUCCUCACGGGCCUCUCGAUUGUCCUUAUCGACGCUGCGGCGAUCGUGGCCCAGGGCGUGAACUACGCUUUCAGCAAGGUCAUGGCUCAGUACGCCUUCCGUGUGCCUCUGGGAAUCACUGUCGCCAUCGCAGUACUGCUCUUCGGUGCCUUGCUUUUCAUUGAUGACAGCCCUACACACUACCUAUCAAAGGGUAACGAAGAGCAAGCCUGGCGGAGUCUGCGACGGAUCCGGAGAGGUUACACCGAGGCCGACUUGACCGUUGAAAUGGCCUCGCUCAAACAUCAGGCGGUGCUGGUCGAAACUGAGACUCAGAUGUCCCGGAAGGAACUCUUUAAAGGCACGAACCGACGACGGACGUUCAUCGCACUUGCAGUGGCCAACAUGCAGCAGCUCUCAGGUAUAGCGUUUGCCACCAACUACGUGACAGUCUUCCUGAGCACCAUCGGCGGAGACGUCAGUGCGUUCACUCUUGCAAUGGUCGUCGCCGUGCUGGCCUUCGCUGGAGCCGUUGCCGGCCUGUUCAUCGUCGACCGCGUAGGCCGCCGCUUUCUCGCACUGAGUUCAUUCAGCAUACUCUUCGUUAUCAAUCUCGUCGUUGGAAUCAUGGGCUUUCUCCCACUCACCAACCCUGCGGUGCCUCGGACUAUCGCUGCCUUCUGCUGCAUGUUCGCUUUCUUUUUCGCGGCAGGGUUCGGCCCUCUCACUUACAUAUUGAGUGCGGAAGUACCUACGGCUCGGCUUAAAAACGCUAGCAGUGCGUUCUGCUUCUUCUGCGUGGCUUGCUUCGCCACGGUGGUGGUGUACUGUCUCCCUUACAUCGCCGAUGCUGGCUACGGCAACCUCGGCGCAAAGACCUAUCUCAUCUUUGCGGCCUGGAUGUUGGGAUGCAUUGUUGUGACAUUCUUUUGCAUUCCCGAGACCAAGGGCCGCACUCCGGCAGAACUAGAUGAGAUGUUCGCCAUAAAGCUGCCCGCUCGUAAAUUCAAAGGUAUGUUCGCAGACUCUGCACUGGCCAGUCGUGAGCAAUCACUAAUGUGCUGCUAG